CAAGGCAAUCACAGCACAGGACUAAAGUUUAAAGCAACGAUGUGUGGACGGACACACGGCGCACUUUGCCACCACUGAGAGUUGUUGCUGCUCGAGUCCCUUUGGCUGCUUUUGUGUGUGUUUAAAGAGAAAAGAGGGCGAGAGAGGCUGUGAAUUGAAGGGGAGAAAAACACAAGGAGACGACGCGAGGCGCUUCAGCCAGGGGAGAAAAGAUACUACGGUGUCUCUUCUCUCUCACACUCACUCACUCACUCAGUGAACCACAGCCGCGCCCGGAUCACAUCCUACAGCGAAGCGCUCUCCCUCCUUCUCCCUGCUCUCCUGCUUAUAGCAUGGCCAGUUCGAGUAAAGCCACUUUAAUCUUGCUCAUCUACGGAAUCUUAAUGCACUACAGCGUCUUCUGCACACCUAUCGGACUAAGUUACCCUAAGAUCAGACUUGAAAACGACGCCUUCGACGAGGAUGGGAAUUCAUUAUCCGACAUGGGCUUUGAUGGCGACCAGAUUGCUAUACGAAGCCCAGCAUCCCUGAACGACGACGCGUACACCCUCUACUACCCAGCAGAGAAGAGACCAGAAAGGCAUGCUGAGGAAGAAUUAGAUAGAGCCUUGAGGGAGAUCCUGGGUCAGUUAACAGCGAGGCAUUAUCUGCAUUCUCUGAUGACAAUUCGUGCAGGUGAUGACACCAGCAUGGAGGACGAGUCAGAGCCCUUAUCCAAAAGACACUCAGAUGGGAUCUUCACCGACAGCUACAGUCGCUAUAGAAAGCAGAUGGCCGUGCAGAAAUACUUGGCUGCGGUUCUGGGAAGAAGGUACAGACAGAGAGUUAGGAACAAAGGACGCCGACUUGCCUAUUUGUAGCGUUGUCUCAGCGCCCAAACUGCCCCCUCCUGUGUAUAUACAUCCAGUCGUUAAAUCAAAGUCAUUCAGAUAUAUCUGACCAACCAGUGGAUUGCGCCUGUGUUCUUUCAACAUGUAUUUAUGUAUGAAGUAAAGCCAUUAAAAUGAAUAUUUUAAUAAUAA